UACUGACUGACCAUCCCACCUCGUCCCCUGUAAGCAAUCUGUAGCACAGGAGGACCACUCGCGUCAUCGACAUGUUUGGAUGUCGCACGUGAAUGACGUCACUGUGAUCAGUUUGUAACUUUGUGAAUUUAAUCGUAGAUUAAAAACCAAAUUGCGGAGAUGUCGGCCUUGUGUGGGACUAGCAACGGCUCUUCAGAUGUGUGGCAAGAUGCCGCAGAGAAACAAGAGAAGGAGCAUCCCCGUGUUCUUAUUCCCGAGUUAUGCCGGCUCUUCUACCAGCUUGGAUGGGUGACAGGGACUGGUGGUGGGAUCAGUUUGAGACGAGGUGAUCAGAUCUACAUUGCACCAUCAGGCGUUCAGAAGGAGAGAAUACAGCCAGAAGAUAUGUUUGUGUGUGACGUAGAAGAGAGAGACAUCAGUUGUCCUCCUGCUUGGAAGAAGUUGAAGAAAAGCCAGUGUACGCCACUUUUUAUGAACGCCUACACCAUGAGAGGGGCACAGGCAGUUAUACACACCCACUCCAAGGCUGCUGUCAUGACAACGCUGCUGUAUCCUGGCAAAGAAUUCAGGAUAACACACCAAGAGAUGAUAAAGGGGAUUCGUCAGGGCACCUCAGGCACAAACUAUCGGUAUGAUGACAUGCUGGUAGUUCCUAUUAUUGAAAACACACCAGAGGAGAAGGACUUGAAGGACAGGAUGGCCCGAGCGAUGGAAGAAUACCCGGAUUCAUGUGCAGUUCUUGUUCGCCGGCAUGGCGUCUAUGUUUGGGGAGAGUCUUGGGAAAAAGCAAAAACAAUGUGUGAAUGCUAUGAUUACCUGUUUGAUAUUGCUGUCCAGAUGAAGCAGUGCGGUCUGGACCCCUCAGCCCUUCCGGUGGAAGAAAAGGGAAUAGUGUGACAUUUACUGGUGCUUAUUUUUGAGACAUUUGUUACAGAAAGGUUAGCCGAGUUCAAUCAGGGGAGCAGAUUGUAAUCAUUUGCCUUUCACGGCAGCCCGCCUCAAAAUGGAUGAAAUGUGAUGGUGAGGGCAAAUUCGGGGUUGAAGAUCGAGUGCCUGCAAUCUGGAGGUAGCUGCAGGUACACUGUAAAGCACUGUGGGACAACUCACAAGAGAGUAGCUGUCAAACCAAUGUCCUCAGGUUCAAAUGCCUUUCUGUUCAAGCCUGGCUGCACUGAAAUCAAGGAAUGGCUGCAUGUCAGAGAGAACUAGAGCACAGAUCUCACUUAAUCUGUAAUACUUUUAACUUCUUUUGCCUCGGCGAAUAAAACAUGAGAUGUCAGUUGUGACUUGGAUGAUUUAUUUUUUUUGUUUACUUAUCUGUCYCUUUGAUUUUUGUAAGCCACAUUUCAUAUUGAACAACUCAUUUACAAAYGAGACAAAACUUUGACUGGUGGAAUAAAAAUCACAGCGUA